CUCAAACAGAAAUCAACAAUGUCAAUACAAAAUGCUAAAAAUGAUUUCAAGUCCCUCCAGAGAACACAAUAUCUGUAAAGUCCGAUAAGGUCACACCGCUGAAAUGGUUGGCAGAGCGAACAUGUUGCCAGGUUGACCUUGUACACAUCACAAACAUCAAAUGUCUCCUCCGAAAAACAUUCACUCAAUCAGACAUUUCUCCCUCUGUCAUCAGUAUCCUCCACUGAAAGUGUAGCCAUCUUUAAAUUUUUAUUUGCACCAACUUCACCACCACUACUGCAAUGGCAGUAGGUGGUGCAUGGUAGUCCAUCUGACUGACAGCAGCAAGAGGCCCUGGAGCAUGCUGGUAUUGCCUUGCAUCCACAAGCAACAAGCUGUAGACCUGUUUUGGGUGCAAUAUCAGUGUUGCCAUGAACAGGCACAAUAAUCCCAUCCUCUAUUUUCCAGCCAAACAGGGAUACAUCAUCAGUACACACAGGAGGUUUUUUUUUUGUUGCUCUCCACAGAAAGACUUGCAGCCAUGCAUGCUUGAUGUGUUCCGCUGCAUAUUCUCUUGUUGGAGGAAGACUCUUUUUUUUAGAAGAGUCUCUUUUCUUGGUGAAUGUAUGCAAGUAACUGAGGCUUUCAACAGUCUUUCCAUAGUAGAGGCAUGGAUUGGAUUUGGAAAGGAAUGGAUUUCCUUUCCUGCCUUCAUGCUCAUCAGCUUCUACAGUACAUCUGUACAAUUCUUCAAAUCAAGUGUGGUUGAAGAGCACUGCUCUAACAAAAGAAAACAAUAACAGCAAAAAAAAAAGUAGUACAAAAGAUGAUCCAGUAGAGGGUGCUUGGUGUUAAAGACAAGACCACAGCUAAAAAUGAAGACGAGCAUGCAAUGUGAUUGCUUUACAGAGAUACAGUAGAGGAAGUAGGACAGAUUGGUAGUUCUGCAGAAAACAAGCAAACAAGAUGGACGCUCUGAAAGUGCUGUCACUGUUAAUGCUUUUCCAUUUAGAAACUGGAUGCUAUGAAGGCUUAAAGACUGUGUCCAAAUUAACAGUUAAAUCAGGGGAGUCUAUCACAAUCCCAUGUAUGUAUGGCCGUUCAUUCAAAUAUCACAAGAAAUACUGGUGUUACAGAUCUACUUGGUACUACUGUAACAUCAUGGCAACUGCCAAUAGCACCAAAGGCAAAGUGACAGUGACCGAUUACCCUGAAUAUAAUUUCUUUACUGUGACUAUGAGAAACCUGCAGCCAUCCACAGACUACACAAAUUUCUGGUGUGCUAUGUCGCUGAUUGAAACAUCACCUUAUGAUGACAAGAAGGAGCUUUCAAUAGAGUAUCAGUCUGAUCCUGAUCUGUCUGUACAGAGAAGUGAAGUGUCUGGUGAGGCAGGAGGAGAUGUGAGUGUUCUGUGUCGCUAUAGUGCCAGAUACAGAAGAGAGAAGAAGAGAUGGUGCCGUUUGAGAGAUCAGAGGUGUUCUUCAGUGGGGGGGUUCAGGUCCCCUGCUGACCCAAACGAGGGAUGGGACCCCCAGAUGAGGGAUGAUGGGUCUGGAACUCUGAGUGUUGAGAUGGUGGGGGUGAAGCAGACAGACUCAGGCUGGUACUGGUGUGAGGUGGGAGAUCUGCAGAGACCCGUUUACCUCAACAUCAUACAACAACCUGCAAUUUCCAUUCCAACCACAACUAACCGUAACAGCCAUGGUCAUACCAAUGAUGUUAACUCUUCUGAAACAACAAAGGGAAUCACAGGAAGGAGGAAUAACACUUGGGUCACUAACGCAACUGUAGACAACAACGAGGUGUUCUCAGGGCAUGUGACCUUACCUGUUCUAAUCGGGGUUGCUGGAUUGCUAUUGCUACUUGCUGUGGUUGGCUUGGUAUUCUGUAAAACUUGUGGGAGGAACAGGGCAUCAAGAGAGAAAAACAACUUGACAUAUGCACCUGUGACCCUUGGAACAAACUCUCAGCCUGAGGAUAGCCUGACAUAUAGCACUGUGGCCUUAAAGGAAAGAAGCAACAACCACAAACAACCCCAGGGUUCCACAGCAUCUCUAUCCACUGACCACCCUAAUGUGACCUGCCACAAGCCCAGUUCUACAGAGCCUCUGGACACUGCUGGUGCUGCUGAUGUGGUCUACAGUGCUGUAUCAAGAGUGCAAUGAGGGGUGUUAUUACCAAAACUGCUCAGCAGGGGGUGAUCAGCUCUCAAGUCUAAGAUGUUGGGGGCCACAAAGUAGGCCUACAUAGAAGACACCAAAGAUUUAGGCCUACUGUUAAACUUUAGUCCGGACUUCACAGUAAAGUGCCCUUGUUACAUUGCACCCAAAAACACAGUGUAAAAUAUGUAAUAAUAUUAAAUUGUGACAUGCUUUAGGGAUUGUUUUGGAAUAGCCAUAUGUUCUGUAAAGUCCAGAGUAUUAUAUAUUGACUAGUGCUUUACCCUUUAGGGGUCUAAAGACAUUCCUUUAUGCUUAUUGCUUACCACUAUGCUGUAGAAAUCUAUCUGUGACAUCUGUGCUAUUCUUGGCUUUGUGGUAUUCACAGGAAGAUUACAGUGCAACAAAGUCACGUGAUUCAAUGCCUGUUGCCUGUAUUGUUACAGUAUUUAAUUUCAAAACAAAUAAAACAUAGUUUGUUUAUUGCUUA